CGGGGCCCGCUUGUGGCAGCGAUGACGUGACGUAAGGUCCAGCCUUGCGGAGAGAGCGCAACAAACAUGGCGACAGAGCGGAGCGGACAGGGGUGUCUUCUAACUUUCAUCGUGUUCCUCUGGAGCUCUGUCGGCGGGCGGACGGAGACGUCGAGCCCCGGCUCCAGCAGUCAGAUCCUGGGCAUGCGGCUGGAGAGGAGCGAAAAAGCGGCCAGCACGACGGAGGACGGGGUCAUCCAGGUAACGGAGGAGAGCAGCGUCGUGCUCAGGUUUUAUGGGGUGCACCUGAGCCCGGACGCAGCAUCCCACAUCAGGUUCACAGAGUAUGUGAAUACGGGUGACAGUGACGAAUUAAACAGGACUUGUGAGGAUUUCACCAAAGACCUGAGCAUCAGCACCUUCAUGAACGUGAGCAACAGAGGGACGUCAGGUCUGGUGAGUGUGUAUGUGAAGCCACUGCGUAAGAGUGAACGAGAAAAGACCUACAGCCUAUGUGUCAGGCAGGGUUUGGGAGACAAAUGGGUCCAGUUGGGUGAAAAUGAUGGAAGAUUGUUAGUCAUAGAGGAGAAAGAAACUUUUCUACCUCUUUGGUUCCAAAUCAUCCUGAUUUCAGGUUUGCUGGUGCUGUCCGGCAUGUUCAGUGGGCUCAACCUGGGGCUCAUGGCGUUGGAUCCAAUGGAGCUUCGCAUUGUACAAAGCUGUGGAACUAAUAAGGAAAAGAAGUAUGCGCGAAAAAUCGAACCUAUUCGAAGCAAGGGCAACUAUCUGCUUUGCUCUUUAUUGUUGGGUAACGUGCUGGUCAACACAACUUUGACGAUCCUGCUAGAUGAUUUGAUUGGGUCGGGGUUGGGAGCCGUGGUGGCAUCUACUGUUGGCAUUGUCAUAUUUGGUGAAAUCGUGCCACAAGCGCUGUGCUCACGCCACGGUUUGGCCGUAGGCGCCAACACCAUCGUGUUGACCAAAUUUUUCAUGCUCCUGACCUUCCCAUUGUCAUUCCCCGUCAGUAAACUCUUGGACUGCGUUCUCGGGCAGGAAAUUGGCACCGUCUACAACCGUGAGAAGCUGGUGGAGAUGCUGAAGGUCACCGAACCCUACAACGACCUGGUGAAAGAAGAACUGAACAUCAUACAAGGUGCUCUGGAACUCCGAACCAAGACGGUUGAGAAUGUGAUGACGCCUCUGAGCAACUGCUUCAUGAUUCACAUUGACACCGUGCUCGACUUUAAUACCAUGUCUGAGAUCAUGGAAAGCGGCUACACGCGGAUACCCGUGUAUGAUGCCGAGCUCUCCAACAUCGUGGACAUCCUGUACGUCAAAGACCUGGCCUUCGUUGACCCCGACGACUGCACGACGCUUAAAACGGUCACCAAGUUCUACAACCACCCGGUGCAUUUCGUCUUCCACGACACUAAGUUGGAUGCCAUGUUGGAGGAGUUUAAGAAAGUUGUUUUCAUCCUCCUAUUGAUUAUGAUGGGUGCUCAAAUUCCCCCUGAGAGCCGAAUCAAUAACCAUAUGCUCCCUGUAUCAGCCUCUGAUCAAUAUGAAGCUCUUCUAGAAAAGACGGAGUUUUGCCUUCUAGCUGACAAUAGUAACAGAAAGAAAGUGGAUCCCAAUAAGAACAAGAGGGACUUUUCUGCUUUCAAACAUGAGAGGGAAUCCCAAAGCAAAAUAUCGCCUCAACUAAUGCUAGCAGCGCAUCGUUUCCUCGCUACUGAGGUGAGCCUUUUCAAUCCGCUCCAGAUUUCAGACAAGGUCUUACUGCGUAUCCUCAAGCACCCGGAUGUCAUUCAGGAGAUUAAGUUCAACGAGAACGACAAGCGCUCGCAACAGCACUAUUUAUAUCAGCGCGGAAAACCUGUCGACUUUUUCGUCCUUAUCCUUCAGGGUCGGGUGGAAGUUGAGGCUGGAAAUGAGAAUAUGAUGUUUGAGACGGGUCCUUUCUCUUAUUAUGGAGUCAUGGCACUGACAACAUGCCUGGCUGUCACCCCCCCUCUCUCUCCUUCCGUGGUGUCGCCUCGUCCGCGCCGCCUUUCGCUUAAGAGGUUUUCUCUGUUCUCGCGUUUCCCAGAGUUUCGCUCCCCGUCUCACGUGAGUGGUCUGAACCGCUCGGCGUCUCUGAGCUGCACGGAGAGAGUCGACUCGGUGUCCAUCAUCGGCAGUAACAGUCAGCUCAAUAACAGCCCCAUGGCACAGUACGUCCCUGAUUUUAACGUGCGGGCCCUCACUGACCUGCAGUAUGUGAAGGUCACUCGUUCGCAGUACCAAACCGGCCUCCUGGCUUCAAAACUGGACAGCAUGCCCCAGUCCCCUGAGAGCAGCCAUAUCCGUCUGGAUCCCGGCCCUCUUCCACCUCUGACCCCUCCCAUGUCCUCCACCGCGAACCACACCACAGCGCCGCCGGCACCCAGAGAGAACGGGCCGGAUGAGACAACCUCGCUGCUCAACGACAAGAACAGCCUGUCCAAACGCCGUCCGAGCCACAUCCACCCUCAGAACCAGCCGCACCUGAACACCAACUCCAACUCCAGCCCCGCCCCCCAUCCCCACGGCAACAGCAGCCCGACGCCCCUCCCCAACCCUCACGCGCAUCACAUGCACACGUUCACGCACGCGCACACCGAGAGCACCAUUUGACGACACUAAUCUGGGGCUCAGGGAGCUCCAGAGCUGACCGAAGGCGAUCGCACAAGCACAAAUACACUCUUUCUCUCGAUUCGAGAGGACAAAGGUGUGUUAAAAAACUCCAAAAAGGUGCGUCGUCUUCAACAUUGGACGUGAUCUCACUGUGAUUUUAGGGGCUGCGGGUUCAGCCCGACAUUGAGGUGUUUAGUUAUGCAGACUGUUAUGCCUGCUAUUGCAUGCUUAUGUAGACACUCUCAAAGCUUUCAGCAUUGGUAUGCAACAAAUACCGUUUAAAGGCAUUAUACAAUUUCAUCAGUAUCUAACAGAAUUAUUGAACAAUAUGCACUUUUUAUAAUGUCUCUGACCCAGCAGCAUACAUUUGAGUGCUGUAGUUUUCUGAGAUUUUGACCAUAAGAGCACUUUGAGUCUCAUAAGCUAUUAUUGGACUGAACUAUCCUUUUAGCACAAACAAAGACAGUUCUGGUCUAGUUUUCCUGCUGUAUAGUACUAUAUGAUUUUGACAGCUUUUUUUCAAAGUCGAACGCAUCAAGCCAAGGUGUUUUGGUAAUUGUGGCUAUGUGAUGUAGCUGUAUGUGGCGCAAUCAUAGCUCUACGUGACAAACGUGAAGGGAAACUUUGUAAAUAUAGUUUGGAGACGUGAAAUUUGCUGACGCAGAUAUGGUUUGGAAAACCCGACGUGGUCCGUUAGUGCUCAAAACAGACAUUUGUAACAAAAAAAAAACUAUGAGCAUUGACCACUGCAUAUUCAGAUCUGUGAUAAAUGAUUCAAAACAUGAUAUAAUA